GAUAACCUUUUUUUUAGCAGCCUUCACAUCAUCGCGUGGUGUACGGAGGUGGUUUAUUAAGGUCAACUGCCAACGGCACGACCAAGAGACCGGCUUGGAAAAAUCACUAAAGUAUAGCUAUAAACCUCCUUCAGCAGAAUAUAAUCAUUAUCGGUUAAAGAUGUCUAAAAACGCAGUAAAGAGUGUUGUAAAUGCAAUUCAAAAAUUUUAUCCUACGAAGUUGGCAGAUAAAACCUGGGAUAAUACUGGUUUAUUAGUAGAUGCCAGUUCAGAACAUAUUUCCCAAACAUUGAAAAUUUUAUUGACCAUUGACUUAACUCAAUCGGUUGCAGACGAGGCCAUUAAAAGUAAAGCUAAUUUUAUUUUGGCUUAUCAUCCUUUCAUUUUUAGAGGAUUAAAGUCAAUUACUCCCCAAGAUCCACAACAAAAGUCCUUGAUUAAAUUGAUUCAAAAUAAUAUAAGUGUUUAUUGCCCUCACACUGCUGUUGACAGUGCUAAAGGAGGUGUAAACGAUUUUUUGGCCGAUGGUAUCGUUGGUGAAUUGAAAGAAUUAUCUCGUGAAACAAUUCAACCAGAUGCAACUGAAGAUGGUUGCGGUAUGGGUAGAUUAGUCCAAUUGAAAGAGCCAACUACUUUGAAAAAAUUGGUUGAAAACUCCAAAAUUAGCUUAAAUUUGAACCAUGUUCAAGUCGCCAAAGGUUCUAAUUCAGAAAAUCUUAAGUCUAUUGCUAUUUGUGCUGGUUCUGGUGGUGGUGUUUUCAAAGGUGUCAAUGCCGAUCUCUUCUAUACCGGAGAGCUAUCCCACCAUGAAGCUCUUUAUUUGAAAGAAAUCGGCUCAUCUAUAAUUGCCUGUAGUCAUUCGAAUACUGAACGUGCUUUCUUGAAGGUCAUCAAGCAACAAUUACAAACCGAAUUACCAAAUACCGACAUUAUCAUCAGUGAAACUGACAAGGAUCCAUACGAAACUUGGUAAUCGGUCCCUACCUUUUAGAUCAGUUGUACAUAGGUGUAAAUAGUGGUUUAUAUAUAAUUAGAGGUUUAGGUGUGC